GAAUCGUCUGCUUGGCUUAACAAAAACACAAACAAACUGUUUUUCCUAGCGCUUAUCUAUUAGUGAGUGUCUGCUUGUGUCACAGCAAAGGCAAGAUGAAAUCGAUGGAGGACAUCAAAAUCACAUAGUUGUUCCCAGCAUAAUGAUGAAACUCAACACGGAUCUGAAGAUGUUGCUGCCUUUGUUCAUUGUGUAUUCUCUAUUGUCACCAUGUUCUGCCACUGAUUAUUUUCAACCCGAGCAGAUUCAUUUAUCUUAUGGCGAAAAUGUCUAUGAUAUUGUUGUCACUUGGACAACAUACAGUGAUUGUAAAUCUUCUGUAGAAUACGGUAUUGAGCACAUUGCCCUGAAAGCUCAUGGAAAUACCACAAAAUUUAUUGAUGGAGGCUCUGAAAGGAGAGUAAUGUAUAUUCACAGGGUGCUGCUUAGCAAUUUAACUUCCAGCUCCAAAUAUGUUUAUCAUUGUGGAAGUGAUCUUGGUUGGUCAGGGGUGUUUUGGUUUUUAACACCACCUGAUGAAUCAAAGUGGAGUCCUCACCUUGCCAUAUAUGGUGACAUGGGUAAUGAAAAUGCCCAAUCGUUAGCAAGACUCCAAGAAGAAGUUCAAAGAAGUGUCUAUGACGCCAUAAUUCAUGUUGGUGAUUUUGCAUAUGACAUGGACUCGGAUAAUGCAAGAGUUGGUGAUGAGUUCAUGAGGCAAAUUGAAACUGUGGCAGCAUAUGUUCCAUACAUGACAUGUCCAGGCAACCAUGAGCAAACUUACAACUUCAGUAACUAUAGAGCAAGAUUCAGUAUGCCUGGAGAAUCAGAGGGGUUGUGGUACAGCUUCGACAUGGGGCCAGUUCAUUUUGUUGCAUUGUCUACUGAAGUAUAUUACAACUUCAAUUAUGGAAUGAAGCAGUUGGUAAAGCAAUACUAUUGGCUUGAAGAAGACUUGAAGAAAGCAAGUGAACCAGAAAAUAGAAAAAAGCACCCAUGGAUCAUAACCUAUGGUCAUCGACCUAUGUAUUGUAGCAACUAUGAUUUUGAUGAUUGUAGACAACAUUCAACAUUUGUACGAAGUGGAAUCCCAGUUUUAAAAUGGUUUGGUCUUGAAGAAAUGUUCUAUCGAUAUGGUGUUGAUCUGAGUAUAUGGGCUCAUGAGCAUUCUUACGAACGGUUGUGGCCAGUUUAUGACUACAAAGUAUUGAAUGGUAGUGUCAAUCAGCCAUACCAAAACCCAAGAGCAACCGUACACAUAAUUACUGGAUCUGCAGGUUGCAGUGAGCGUACUGAUCCGUUCAUUCCAAAUAAGCCAGAGUGGUCAGCAUUCCGAAACAGUGACUACGGGUAUACUAAAGUCAAGGCAUGGAAUGAUACCCAUCUCUAUGUGGAACAAGUGUCAGAUGACCAGGAUGGAAAAGUUAUAGAUAACAUCUGGUUAGUCAAGGACAAACAUGAAGCUUUCAACAAUCUUAAAUGAUAUCCUUACAACAAACAACAAGAACAGCUUCGUCUAGGAUGAUACUAUAUCAUCCUAGGCUUAGUGCUGGUUGACCAACUAUUUUUUCUAAAAUUAUAUCCUCCUGCUCUGCAGCUAUAAAAUAAGAAUAGUCAUACGGAAUUCACA